UCUCGUUAGCACUUCUCGUUUGCUAUUCAAUGUUGAGAGAAGAAUAUAAGGUCGCUUUAAUUUUAAAAACAAAAGAAAGUUAUUGAAUAGUUUUAAAUAAAUAUAAUAUACCAAAUACGCUACUCUGAACUGUUACCGAAGCGAUGAAUAAAUAGUGAAUAUGUUUUUAUGGCUAAAUAAGAGGAAUUUGCCGUAAGAAAAUUUCUUCAAUCUUUUGUUAUCAGAAAGUGAAAAAUAAAGCAAACGACAAAACUAUACCAGCGAGUAUCUUAUAGAAAGUUACAAAAAGAAUGAGGCGGUAAUAGAAGAAACAAUAGAAACAGAAUACGGUGAAAGCAAAACAAACCCAAUAAAUGAAUUGCAAACGGAAACUUUAAUGGGAAACAGUGUCAGUGCAUCCAGGAAUGAGCAGGCCACAAAGUCGUCAAAACAACGGCAGCAGCAGCAGGGGUGUAUCUCAAAGCAACAUCUGAGUGAACACCUCCAGGAUACUGUAGACCCACAACAACAGAACGGUACUCACACCAAGCCCCACGUACAGAAGACGCGAAGUAAAAGUACGAACAAUAGCAAACGGUUAGAAUUGGAAAUAGGACAUAGCAGUGAAGGGCGAUCAGCUGCUAGUGGUUACGGAACUCAACGUUCGAGACAGGCCUCCGCUUGGAGUUUUGGCAGCUUAAGUGGUCGUCUAAAUUGGAGCUUUUCUGGCGGUGCUAAUAGAAACUCAUUUCACAAUCGCAAUAAGUCAACCAGAAAAAGUUUAACAUCAACACAACAACGCCGCUCCAAGACUCAAUGGCAUAAGCCGCUCACGAAUGCCAUAUUCAGUUCACAUUUCAAGGAAGCAAGUCGCAACGAACAAUUCCACAUUGUACAUUUGGUGGCGAAGGGUGCAUUCGGUGUUGUCUUUAAGGUAAUUAAUAAGCGCUACGCGCAAGAAGAAGGCGCAGCAGCAGCAGCAGAAAAUAAAACAGCUGACAACAGCAACAGCGCAACACCGUUACAUCCUGCGCUAAUUUAUGCUCUUAAAGUGUUGAAAAAGUCAAAAAUAAUCGAAGAGAACAGUGUGCAACAGUUAAAAGACGAGGCGGACAUUCAAAAGUUGUGCGGUCAUCAUCCGUUUAUCGUACAACAAGUGGAUUCAUGGCAGAAUCGUCGUAACUUACACAUACUUUCCGAAUAUGUGCCGAAUGGCGAGCUCUUCUCUAAACUAACUCACUUCUCAUUAGAUCUCAUACGGGUAUAUUUAGCGGAAAUCGCGCUGGCUAUCGAUUUUCUGCACAAUGCUGGUGUAAUCUAUCGUGAUGUUAAACCGGAAAACAUUCUGCUAACCGCCGAUUUCCAUAUAAAAAUAACUGAUUUCGGACUCAGUAAGUGGCUGCGUUUGGGCGCAACUACCAGGACCAUGUGUGGCACUUUUCAAUAUAUGGCUCCAGAGUUGUUGCGUGGUGAGCCCUACGGUCAUGCUGUCGAUUGGUGGUCAAUGGGCAUACUUGUUUGUCAGAUGCUAAUACAAAAGAGCCCCGACAUACGCACAUUCUUGCAAAUUGCACUGCCCGCAGCUUACACCAAAAGGGAUAGUGUCGAUCGAGCCACAGCACCUACAGCAACCAUUUCUAAGAUAUAUAGCAUUACAGCAAAUGAAUUCCCAGUAGAGGCCAAUUCGCAACUGUUACUUACGCAAACAUUCUUACCACCUGAAAUCGAUGAACUUCCACACGAAGCUAGUGAUGUUAUCAAGCGUUUGUUAGAAGUGGAGCCGAAACAACGUUUGCGCUCAGUUUUAUCACUGCAAAAGAUUGCACUAUACAAGAACUUUAAAAUUGAUUCAAAACACUUGCUCAAUCUCCGUCCAAUUGAUAUGAUAAGUCCUGACGACCUUGCUGCCUUUACACAAGACACAGAAAUUGAUAGCUCCUGGGCUGAAAGACAAUUUUACAAAUUUUAAAUCUUGCAUAUACAUACAACAACACAUAUACAUGUAAAAUUUUGUGUCCUAAUUUAUUUGCUUGAAGAAAAAUGCUAUUUGAUUGAAAAAAUUUUCGAAUAAUUCAAGUAAGUUAAGAAUAAACUAUUGCAUAAAUCUCGCAAA